AUGCUCGUCCCCACCUCUCCACUAUCCCUCUCUCGCAGCCUCGCCACCGAGGCCACCCACACGCCCUAUGCGAAGCUCUCCGGCGAGGACAUUACCGCCUUUGCUUCUCUCAUGUCUUCACCCUCGACUUCCAUUAUCACCACCAUCACUCCAUCUGAAUCUUCCAGCGGCGUCAAGCCCGUACAAGCCGAUGAGCUGGACGGUUUCAACCAGGAUUGGAUGAACAAGUACAAGGGCCACUCGCAAUGUGUCCUCAAGCCCAAGACGACCCAGGAGCUAGCAGAUGUCAUGAAGUACUGCUACGAGAAGAGGAUCGCAGUGGUACCCCAGGGAGGCAACACGGGCUUGGUAGGAGGAAGUGUGCCGGUGGAGGACGAGGUGAUCAUCAGUACUGCCAACCUCAACUCCAUUCGCGAAUUUGACGAAGUGUCGGGCACCCUCGUGUGCGAUGCGGGAUGCAUUCUCGAGGUGCUCGACAAUCACAUCGCUCCCAAGGGAUACAUGAUGCCGUUGGACCUUGGAGCCAAGGGCUCUUGCCACAUUGGUGGUAAUGUAGCAACCAAUGCAGGAGGAUUGAGGUUCCUCAGGUAUGGCUCCCUGCACGGCAAUGUCCUCGGACUCGAGGUGGUGCUCCCCAACGGUGAGAUCCUCGAUGGACUAAGUACCCUGCGCAAGGACAACACGGGCUUCGAUCUCAAGCAGCUCUUCAUCGGCAGCGAAGGCUCCAUUGGCAUUAUCACCGGCGUGUCCAUUGUCACACCCCGCAGACCCUCGGCGCAGAACGUGGCCGUAUUUGCCCUCGACUCCUUCGAGGCAGUGCAAAACGUCUUUGGCAAGGUCAAGAGCCACUGUGGAGAGAUCCUGUCGGCCUUUGAAUUCUUCGAUCAGGACGCCUUUGAGCUCGUACAAGGGCAUGCCACGGCUGGAGUAAAGGAUCCCUUUGAAGCUCGCCAUCCCUUCUACGUCCUCAUCGAGACAAGCGGGAGCAACAAGGACCACGACGACGAGAAGCUCAGUGGGCUCCUGGAGGAGCUCAUGGAAGGCGGCUCCAUCACUGACGGUGUCAUGGCUCAGGACGAGACGCAAGUAGGCUCUCUCUGGGCUCUGCGUGAGUCCAUUCCCGAGGCAGCAGGCAAGUACGGCUCAGUGUACAAGUACGAUUUGAGCAUGCCUAUCCCCAAGAUGAAUGAGUUGGUGCUGGACAUGCGAGCACGAUUCGAGGAGAGGGGAGUCAUUGGAAAGGACAAGACGAUCAAGACUGUUGUGGGGUACGGGCAUAUCGGAGAUGGCAAUCUGCACAUCAACAUCGUCGCCGACCGCUACACUCCGGAGACUGAGGCGCUCAUCGAGCCCUACAUCUACGAGUGGACUGCCAAGCAAAAUGGCUCCAUCUCUGCCGAGCAUGGACUGGGAGUCAUGAAGGCAGAGAAGAUUGGGUACACAAAGAGCAAGACUAGCGUGGCGUAUAUGCAGAAGGUAAAGGAUCUGUUUGACCCAAAGAGGAUCUUGAACCCUAACAAGUACCUCCCUGCACAACGGUCGUAG